ACCUCAACAAAUAUAAUUCAAAAUAAACAUGUGUUUGUGACAUCAACAUAACCUUAAUCUUCAGUGGUUUGUGAAGUGUUUGGAUUUAGAAUAUUGUGAAAGUAUCUUUUAAAAAUGUCGGAAGAAAAACCUUGUAACUUCCAUGAAAUGGAAUUAGACGAUAGAAUAUUGAAGGCAAUCGCAAAAUUGGGAUGGCAGACUCCAACCCUAAUUCAAGAAAAAGCUAUUCCUCUUCUUCUAGAGGGAAAAGAUGUUCUGGUCCGUGCCAGAACUGGGUCCGGAAAAACAGCAGCAUUCGCUAUACCAGUCAUACAGAAAAUUUUGAAUUUAAAACAAACCGCUGCUCAUCAAGAAAUCAAAGCUCUAAUAUUAGCUCCAAGCAAAGAACUGUGCCAUCAAAUAUGUGGUGUUAUCAAAGACCUUACAAUCAAGUGUUCCAGAGAGGUUAGAUAUGUAGAUAUUGCCCCCCAAGUUGAGUUGAGCGUCCAAAAACCAUUGUUGGUUGAGAAACCUGAUAUAGUUGUUGCGACUCCGGCUAGAGCAUUGAAACAUGUGAAAGCUGGAAAUAUGACUUUGAAAACAUCUUUAGAAUUACUCGUUAUCGACGAAGCUGAUUUAGUAUUUUCAUUUGGAUACGAGGAUGAAAUGAAGGAUUUGAUGACGUUUUUGCCAAAAAUUUGUCAGGCAAUUUUGGCUUCAGCAACCCUGAGUGAAGAUGUAAAGAGUUUGAAAAAUUUGAUAUUGCACAAUCCUGUUACACUGAAGCUAGAGGAACCGGAUUUAGCUCCUGCCAGUCAGUUGACACAUUAUCAUUUAUAUGCUGAGGAAAUGGAUAAAGCUACAAUAUUAUAUGCAUUACUGAAGCUUCAUUUAAUCAGAGGAAAGACAAUUAUUUUUGUGAACACUGUUGACAAAUGCUAUAAGAUAAAACUCUAUUUGGAACAAUUCGCUAUUCCUACCUGUGUUCUCAAUUCCGAACUGCCUGCGGCAAUUAGGUGCCAUUCUGUGAACCAGUUUAAUCAGGGUAUUUAUGAUAUCAUCGUAGCAUCUGAUGAGAAAGCCUUGGAGGAACCAGGAAUGAAGAUCCAAGAUGACUCAAAGAAAAAAUCUAAAAGAAGAAAAGACAAAGAAAGUGGGGUAUCUAGGGGCAUUGACUUUCAGUGUGUUGCUAAUGUCAUCAAUUUUGACUUUCCAUUGGAUAUUCAGGCAUACAUUCACAGAGCUGGGAGAACAGCAAGGGGUAAUAAUCAGGUAGGCAAUAUUAUGGUUAAUUUUAUUUGCUAUACUAUUCCAUCAAGAAGUAGGAAUAAUUCUAUAGAACCUUCUACUUUUAUAGUUCUUUAUACUUCUUAA